CGCGCCGUGCCGCAGAGCCGCCCUCGGCGCCGCCCGAGCCCGCGGGCUCGCCCCCCGCGCCCCGCGCCCCGCGCCCCGCGCCCGCGGCGGGGAUGCUGCUGUCCAAGAUCAACUCGCUCGCCCACCUGCGCGCCGCGCCCUGCAGCGACCUGCACGGCCCCAAGCUGGCGCCCGGCAAGGACCCGGAGCCGCUGGAGGCGCAGUACCAGGUGGGCCCGCUCCUGGGCAGCGGCGGCUUCGGCUCGGUCUACUCGGGCGUCCGCGUCGCCGACAACUUGCCGGUGGCCAUCAAGCACGUGGAGAAGGACCGGAUUUCCGACUGGGGCGAGCUGCCCAGCGGCGCCCGCGUGCCCAUGGAGGUGGUCCUGCUGCGCAAGGUGGGCUCGGGCUUCCCCGGCGUCAUCCGCCUGCUGGACUGGUUCGAGCGGCCCGACAGCUUCGUGCUGGUGCUGGAGCGGCCCGAGCCCGUGCAGGACCUGUUCGACUUCAUCACGGAGCGCGGCGCGCUGCAGGAGGAGCUGGCCCGCAGCUUCUUCCGGCAGGUGCUGGAGGCCGUGCGGCACUGCCACAGCUGCGGGGUGCUGCACCGCGACAUCAAGGACGAGAACAUCCUCAUCGACCUGCGCCGCGGCGAGCUCAAGCUCAUCGACUUCGGCUCGGGGGCGCUGCUCAAGGACACGGUCUACACGGACUUCGACGGGACCCGAGUGUAUAGCCCUCCUGAGUGGAUCCGCUACCAUCGCUACCACGGCAGGUCGGCCGCCGUCUGGUCCCUAGGGAUCCUGCUGUACGACAUGGUCUGCGGAGAUAUUCCCUUUGAGCACGACGAGGAGAUCAUCAGGGGCCAAGUGUUCUUCAGGCAAAGGGUCUCUUCAGAGUGUCAGCAUCUCAUUAGAUGGUGCUUGUCCCUGAGACCGUCUGAUCGGCCGUCCUUCGAAGAAAUUCAGAACCACCCGUGGAUGCAAGAUGUCCUGCCUCAGGAAACGGCUGAGAUCCAUCUCCACAGCCUGUCUGCGGGGCCCAGCAAAUAGCGGCUUCUUCAGCAGGCGCCCCCCCCCUUCCCGCCCACUGCCCCGGGAAGGGGACUCUCCAGUUUCCAGCUCCCUAAGCUACCAGUGACACUUCUCGCCAAGCAGGACAGUGCUUGAUACAGGAACAAUAUUUACAACUCAUUCCAGACCCCAAGGCCCCUGGAGGCUGCCUCCCGCCAGCGCGGGGAGGAGCCGGCGCCAGGUGUCCAGGCCCCCACUCGUAGAUGCUCUCCUAGGUGUCCAGUGUGGCUGGACUGGCAAGAUCCCGGGGUGGG